UUCAACAUUAAUCUCUUGUUGUCUGUGCUUGCUUCUGCUCGGUAAUAUUUCAUCUUCUUUCUUCUGGUUGUUCUCUCUUUGCUUCAACGAUUACUAAGAUGAUGAUGCAAACUGAGGGAGAUCCGAGUUUGAAGUUGCGUUCCUCUUUCUCACUGAAUCUGGAACUAGAGGUAGCAGAAGCUUUGACAGACCUAGCUAAGCCUUUAGAGAUUAAUAUACCUGAGCAACCAGAAGCUUUUUCUCCGUCCAUCGACGAGUCUUUAGAACCGACCUCUCCUUUGCAUCUUGCUCUGUGGACAGACAACCAGGAUCAUGCAGAUCAUGCAGUUGUGGUUCAGCAAUAUGGUGAGAGGGAAAGCAGUGUGACGGUGAAAAAGUCUACACAAACAGGGAAAGAUACUGAAUUUCUACCAGAUUCUAGUGGCAGCGAAACUCGUGUGAAGACAAUACAAGAUUUGAACGUAGUUCCAGAGGAUUGUGUUUUUGAGGGUCAGCAAGAUUCUGAAAAGGAAACCCAUAAAACGGUGAAGGAGCCAAUACAUACAGAGGAAAAUGCUGAAAUUCAACAAAAUCCUAAUGACGGAAAAAGUUCUGCACCACCUGUUAGCUGCAAGUCAAGACGGGAAAUGAACAGGCUAACCGAGUCUCAGGAUCAGAAGGAGGCACGAAAGCUCCGUCGUAUGUUAGCAAACAGAUUGUCGGCCAGACAGACAAUCCUUAAGAGGCAGGCUCGUUGUGAUGAGCUUGCAAAGAAAGCUGCUGAACUACAAUGCGAAAACGACAAUCUUAAGAAGGAAAAAGAGGUGGCUUUGCGAAAGUAUAAUUCUUUGAAGAGCACCAACGAAAGAUUAAAAGCUCAGUUGAAGACGGGGGUGACAGAAAAGGUUGAAGUUGAAGAAGUUGAUGAAACUCGAGAGGGUUCCAAGUGUAACAAUGGUCAUCCACCGACUCAAACAUCUUUGAGUACUCAACAAUAUUAUAUAUUUAACCAACCAUCCGGGGUGCCAUGCGUGUUUCCAUAUAUUACUCCAGGUUCGAACAUUGUCCAGUCUGCACCUCAGGAUGUCAACUUUGUUGCAUCACAAGCUCCGGUGCUAGCAAAUGGUAUAAAUUGUUCUUUGUUGGAGCAUGAUAAUCCUUUAAGGAUGAGUAUUCCAGUAAACGCUUCGUAUGCACUGCCAUACCAUUGGUUCAUUCCUCCGAUGCAUCAUGCUGAUCGAGUCCCCCCUCAAUCCAUGGACUUGGCUGAUAAGCCAAAUGUCACCAAUCAGUAUCGGAGAAGUGUAGCUGAUACAAAGAAAGAUCAAAGAUUACGGCAUAAAAAGAUAAGAGGUGAAGCUUCUACGUCAAGAGAAGCAAUCAAGCCUUCUGUACAGGGGGACCAUGAAAAGGCGUCGGGGAAAAAGCCUGCUCAUAAGCCUAAAGUCGCAACUGAAGCAGUUACUAAUAGUUCAUCAGAAGGAAAUGAGGAGACUGUUGUUGGUAUGAGUUGUGCCAGCAAAAGGAGGAAUGGUGCCCGAAACAGGAGGAAUGAAGCGGUAACUUGUGCAGCAGCAACCAGUAGUUCAUCAGAAGAAAUUCCGCAACCACCUCUGGAUCGUCUGUUGAGGAGGCGUAUGGAUGCUUAUUCAACAGCAGCUGCCAGGAAGAGGAGGAAAGAAGUUAUAAAAAUGAAGAACUUCCAAUAUUCCCGUCAAUCUCGUGUCAGGAUAUCAAGCAAUUAGGUAGAAAUGGUACUAUUCUCCACAUCAUGCUCCGGGGGUUGGACUUAAAGUGUUGUUGCAGUAUACUUUACAGAAAAAACUGAUCCUCGAGUAUCUUAUGAAAAUCAUUUUUUCAUGACAAGGUAUUCUUCACCAUCCGAAACACUUCUGUACAUAAAUAAGCGACCCAGUCUUUGGAUUCUGAGGAUGCAGUAUUUGCUCUGAAAGAAUGUUUUUUGUAUUCAUUUCCCUAUCAUGCUAUUCAAUAAGACCAUGUCACAGAACAAUUUUGCAGGCUUUUGUAAUGUAGAUAGGUCUGUGGUAUCCAACCUUCCGGGGUCGCCACAGGCCUUCUUAAACUUCAAUGCCACUAUUCUGGGAUGUUGUAGAAUGUUUUAUGUUAUAAUUUCAUGUCGGUGUGUUCUGU